CUGUUAAUUAACUUUUAUAUCGCCUUCAAUCUGGUAGAGUACCAAAAUUCGAUCCAAAUUCCAAAUACAGGGCCCAUUUUCUACUUUAGUGCCGAUAUUACCAGACAUGGUAACUUCAAAAGAUUGCUGAUGCAAAAUUAGGGCCUCCAUGAUUUCAGGUUCAUCUUAUCUUCAGUGAACUUUUCUGGGACAAAAAAAGAAAAAAGAAAUGUUAAUUAGCUGUAAAGGCCAGGGAGGAAGAAUAAUUUAAAGAGGAUGUACUGUUGAUUAUAUGAUCAAUCAAACUCAAAUAAAAGCAGAGCCAAUGAUCAUUAGACAACUAAAAGAGGCAAUUUAUAAUGUCAGUUAUAUCAAACGCUUCUUUUCUGUAAUUAAAAUUUGGCAUAAAUUGAGGUUUGGAGUGAGAGUUGGGCUGCUAUGGAUUUCAUCACCAAAAGACGGAUCCGGUGAAGUAAUUUUGUGGGAUUUUGCGGAAGAGACGAUUCGUUUGGCGAUGCGGAGGGCCAUUGGCGGAUGGUUUUCCAUGCCAUGCCUGAAAUCAAGAAAAUCGAACGACCGAAAUGUGCCGGAGAAAUCUCCCCGGAAAAGAAAUUCAGCUUCAAAAUCAGGUGCGGGAAAGAGAAACAGGGGAAAUAACGUCGCGACGGGGGGUGAGCACCAUGGUCAUAAUAACUCUGCAACCGCCACUCAUAGUACGGCGACAUGCAACGACGCCGUCGGCAUGGCGGCACUGGUCGUCGCCGCCAGUCAUGUAUCUGAAUUCGGCGGCAGUGCGUGCGGAGGCAGUUCACAUGGCGGCGAUGGAGGCGGGGGAUGAUUUGAGGUUUAGGAAAUUAAUUCACUACUUCUUCGUCAGUCUCUCAACGCUGUUCUUUGCUGGUUUUAAAUAGCCCUACAGUAAUUUUAAUGUAACAGAAAGUGAUGUGGCUGUUGCUUCACUAGUUCACUGUAAUGUUCUGAAAUUUGGGAAUGAAGAAAGACAAUGAUGCUUUGAUUGUUGUUGUACCAAGCCUAUCACAAUUUUAAUUAAAUAUAUAUUCUCUGUCUCAAAAUGAUUACUAUUAAAAAUAACCUACAUAUUAUUCAACCUUACUUCAAUCGUAUUACAAUAAUGAGUAAAUUCUAGUUAAGCUGCAUAAUGGGACACCGAAGAAUAUAUGCUUUUGAAUUAUGAAAAAU